UUCACACUGACGUCCAUUGCGUGCGUCGUCAGCACCGCCGUUUUCUGCCGUGUUUGUUCACCUUACUAAGAUGGCUGGUUACGACUGAGUUCUAAUGGCUUUCCAAUGUAAGGAAGCCGUCGUAAGAAUGUGAAAGUAGGGUCUGAAUAAAUAUGAACAUUUAUUUUUGAUUAGUAACAACUGAAAAGCAGCGUCCACAUGAGCAGGUUUGGCAGAAAGUCAUAAUGUUGAAGUGGUUCUCAAAUGAUGAAUCUGGCCCAAAUCAGGCAGCCCUGGAAUCCCAGGAAGGCUCCAGUAGUCAGUCAAUGGCUGAGGUCACUGAUCAACUGGCGCAGACACAACAGCUUGUGGCACAGCUCAAAGAACUCAUCCGGGAGAAAGAUAGCAACUUACAAGCCAAAGAUGAGCAGCUCAAGACAGAAAAGGACUCAUUUGAGGCCAAACUGUCCAAACUGAAGCUCCAGAACAAAGCAAAGGUUACAUCUCUAAAUGCUCAGCUGGAGGAUCUGAAAAAGCAACUUGCUGUCUCCGGGGGGAAGGUGGAAAUCAAGAAGAGUGGAGGAGAUGGGAGUCAGGAACAUACCUCUGCAAGUCGGGGGAAGAUCCUCCUCCUGAAGAAGAAGACAGAGGAACUGGAGCAGCAGCUUUUGCAGAAGGAGGCAGAGCUGACUGUGAAGACUAAGGAGCUGGAGGCUCAGCGGCAGCGGGGCAUGGAAAUGGAUGCCAUGCUUGCAGAAAAGAACCGGAAGUUAGCAGAAAAGGAGGCAUAUAUCAUUGAUCUUCAGAUGACAGUGGGAGGAGAUAUCACUACACAAACUCACCAGCCGCGAGUAGUGGAACGAAAGUCAGCAGGGGAGCCUGCUUCUGUGCAGGAACUCCAGCUGUUAGUGCAGCACCUCACCAAGAAGGUUGAGGAGAGUGAGGAGCGAUACAGCCUUCUGCAGGAACAGACAGAGAGCCUUAAAGAGUUACUGGUGAACGAGAAGGCCCAAUUUGAAAAGAGAGAGAACAUGUACAAAGAGAACAUCCAAACAUUUAAAGAUAUUAUUCUUCAGAAAGACAACAAAUUAACAGAAAUAAACCAGAUGCAUGAACAGGAGCUCUUCAGAUUGGCUGCAAAGUCUGAUGCCAGUGCAGAUCUGGAACAGCUCCUGAAGGCCCUGAAACAGAAGCUCCAUGAAAAGGAGGAGGUGUUGCUGGGAAAAACUCAGGUGAUAAAUGUUCUGCAGGGGGAGGUCGAUGCUAAAGACCAGCAGAUAAAGGACCUGGAAGAGAAGAUGCAGCGGGCGCAUGUAGAGAAGGACAGCAUGCAGUCAAAGCUGGAUGCGGAAAGGCAUGUAAUGCGAGCCCAGCUGCGGGAUCUCAUGCAGAAACAUGAGGAGGAGCUGCAGCGGGUAGCAGAGAAACAUGAACACGAGGUCCUGGAGAAGGAGCAGUCACUCCACCGGCAGCUGGAAGAACUCCAGAGUACCUCAGCUGUCCAGCCGGCAGAGGAGCGACCCAGGGACACCAACCCAGACUCCCUGGUGGACAUGGAAGCGGCAAAGAAGCUGUCGGAGAUGGAAGCUCAAUUGAAGGUGAAAGCUGAGGAAGCAAACAAGUCUGAAGCCAAAUUUCUGAAGAUGAAAGCGUGGUCCAAAUCGCGCAUCCGGCAGCUUGAGGAUGACUUAAGGAAAGCACAGUCUGGAUGCCCUGGCCCUGAUAUGAAUACGUUACAGAACCGCAUCACUGAUCUUGAAGAAGAACGGCAAGAGCUUCUGUGCAAACUAGACCAGUAUGAUGAACUAAAAACUAAAAAUGAUCAAUUAAUAGCCAAGCUUGUGGCGUAUGAAGAACAGCAGAGGAAGAUGCAAGCUGACUUGGAGCAAAUCACCAAGCGAGCCGCCUCUCAGACGAGCGAAUCGGGCAGUGUGGAUGAACUGCAGAGCCAGGUGUUAGAGUGGCAGGAUAUGGUGUUGGAGGCAGAGGCGGGCCGUGAGCAAGCCCGUGGAGAGAAGGCUGCCCUGGGGAUGCGAAUGAGCCACAUCGAGGAGGAGCGUGAAGGACUGAUUGAGGAUGACUGGUUCUUUCCUGGCUGCUCCGAUCCAGUGCUGGUCAGUCGGCAGCAGGAGUUGGAGGAGGAGCUGGUGCAGGCUCGAGGGCUUCGGCAGCAGAAGGGCAAGAAGCUGGCUGUGGCUACCAGCCUACAGGAGGACUUUGAGUUUGAGAAGCAGACUUAUCCAGACCCAAAAAAUGCUUUGGAGAGUACGGCCUCCACAGAGGGAGAGAAUAUGGGAGGUUGGUGGCCAGAGUACAGAACUUCUGACGCAGGCCUGCGGUCGGUGGUGGAUGAGCUGGAACUGGAGAGGAAUCAGCUGCAGGAGCAGAUUGUAGGCUUGGAGGAGCGUUGUCAGGACUUGGAGGACCGGCUACAGAUGCAAGCUCGCAUUGAGUCCCUACAGGUGACGUUUGAUGUAGAUGAAGAAGGGCAGCCAUUUUGGGUUUCUCAGACAGAGACUGAGAGGCUGCAGGCACAGCUGGCUGGCCUUCGGAGCCAGCAGAGCCGGGAAACUGAAAACCACCAGUUGCUGGUCGCAAGCCUUAACGAACAGCUCAAAGGUUUAAGUGAAACACAAGAGUGCCUUGAAACAUCACUCAUGGAGAAAGAGCAGACAUUAGCCAAAGCAUCAGAGAAACUGGAGUUCAUCGAUAAUCUGACGGGUGCUUUAAAGGAGAAGGAGAACCAGUACAAAGAAGUAACAGAGAAACUCCUGCAAGCAGAGCACAAUCUUUCUGAAGUUGCAAAGAAAUGCAGUAGCUAUGAAAAGCAAUGUUCUGACUUGAAAAAGUCAGUUGCAGAUCUUACUCAGAAGACAAGUAUGCUGAAAGAUAAGGCACAGAAACAGGAGACCACUAUUGUUUCACUACAGAAUGAUCUGGAGCAAACAAAUGAUGAACUGGACAAAUUGAACUCCACCCAUUUAGAAGAAAGGGCGCAAUUAAUUCAUGACCUUCAAAGCUGUGAACGAGAGAUAGACAGUCUUAAGGAUAUUUUGGCUGACAAAGACAAGGAGAUCUGUGUCCUCUCUAAUAGCAUGACUGAGUAUUCUGAACAGAUUUUUGAGCUCAAACGGGAUAUCAAACUCAAAGAAGAGGAUCUUGUACGCAUGGAAACUGCCUUGACAAAAACUGAGCGGGAAGCUCAGGUUAUGCGAGACUCCCAGUCUUCUGACCAGCAUACCUUGAAUAACAAGAUCACACAGCUCACAGAACAGCUUAAAGUCGCAGAGUCUGAGCUGGAUAAAGUUAAAGAGGAAAUAAACCUGAAGACCAAGGAGGUUGAGGAACUUAUGAAGCAAGUUCAGAAAGAUGACCAGAAUAUCAAAAAUCUUUGUGGGGAAAUUCAGAAGUUGACUGUGAACCAUCAAAGCCAUCUUUUGGAGUGUGAAUCUCAGAUUUCUUCACUGAAGGACCAAGUAACAGUAACUUCUCUAAAACUGCAGGAUUCUGAAAGUCAUCUCUCUGAAACAAAUGGUUCCAUUGAAAAGUUAAAGGUCUUGCUACAAGAUAAAGAGAAGACAUAUGAAAAAGAAUUGAAAUGUGUGAAAGAUGAAUGCAACCAACUUAUUGCUGAGGCUGUGAAGGCUGAGGAAAAUAUUAAAAAUCUAAGUGAGAAACUGGAAAAUAUAUCUAUAUCUCAGGAAGAGGCAGAAAAUGAACAAGUUAAUCUCAAUCAGAAGUUGAAGGCAAGAGAUUCAGACAAUGAAAGGCUUCAACAGGCACUGCAAGCAAAAUCUGAAUCUAUAUCAAGACUAGAAAUGAAUGUGAAAUUCCUUGAAAGUGCUAAUCAGCAGCUUAAGGCUGCUUUUGAGAAGGAGGAGGAAGAACUAAGUAAACAGAAGAAGCUUAUAGAAGAUCUAAACGAGAAAAUUUCCAUAACUUAUGAUCAGCAUGCAAGCCUGAAAUCACAAUUUGCCAAUCUUGUCGAAGAAAACAAAAAGCUGCAACAAGAAAUUGCUUACAAGGAUGAAAAUAAGUUAGCAUUAGCUGAGGAGCUAAAUAGUAAAAUGUCAGUUUAUGAACUACAGCAUUCAGAAAGCCAAAAAAGUAUUGAAGGGUUGCAGAAAGAUAAAGAAAAAUUACUUCUAAGAAAUGAGGAACUUGGAAAAGUCCUUGAGCAAAAUAAAAUUUCAAUGUCUGGCAUGUUGCUGGAGAAAACAAAUGAGUGUAGUCAUCUUGCUAAAUUAGUCAGUGAAAGUAAGGAGAACAUAACCCAAUUACAUGAUCAGGUUUCUCACUUGAAUGCUCAAUUAGAAGAAGCCAGAGGUAGUUUGACUGAGAAAGAGAAAAUUAUUCUAGACAAAAAUGCCCAUUGUGAAAUGCAGCAAAGUCAGCUUGAGCAGACUGUAACUACUUUAAAGGCAGGGCUUAUGGAAAAAGAGUCUUUGUUGCAUCAGGGGUCAGUUGAAGUAAAUUCCUUACAAAAUGAAGUUAUGCUGCACAAACAGUUUACUACUCAGCUUCAGGCUGAGAAUGAGUCACUACAAAUGGAAAACCUGCGACUGAGUCAAGGUUUGGAAGAAAAGGAAGCAAAUCUCAGAAGUUAUUCUCAGGAAUACGAAAAGUUUCUGAAUGAAAAUAAUAAGAUGACGGAAUCCACAGUGUCAAUGAGUAGUCAGAUAGAGGAAAAUAACAAAACAAUAUUAAUGCUGGAAUCUGCAAAUGUUGACAUUAAAAAAUCGCUUGAAACUCAAGUUGGUGAUAACAUUAAGGUGCAAGAGCAGCUUUCUCAGAGUCAAACUGAAAUUAAAGGUCUUCAAAAUCACUUGCAAGCUUUAAAUGAAGAAAACCAGCAACUUCAUGUGGCCCUUCAGAAGGAGAAGGAAGAAGUUGUUGAACAAAAGAAGCUGGUAACUGAUUUGAAUGAAAGAAAUGAUAUGACUUCGGAGCAGAUAUCUGAAAACAGAAAAAUUAUUCAAGUUCUAAUGAAAGAAAAAGAAGACCUGACUGAAAAGAUUGAAGAAUUUAAACACUCUGAACAAAACAAAACUUUCCUGUCAGAGAGUUUGUUUGAGAAAACAAAUGAAUGCAGUCUCCUAACACAAUUACUCAGUGAGAGUAAGGAAAGCGUAGCAGGUUUACACAAUCAUGUUGCUCUUUUGAAUGUUGAAAUAGAAGAACUUAAAGUUAAGGUAUCUGAAAAAGAUCAAAUGAUUAUGGAUCAAAAUUCAAACCAAGAACAACUCCAAGAGACUUUGUCCCUGCUACAGGAGCAAGGAAUUGCUUUAAAGGCAGGACUUAUGGAGAAAGAUGCUUUGCUGCAGCAGAGAGAUGUAGAAUUGAGGUCUUUAAGGAGUGAAGUCUUACAGCAGAAAGAGUGUUGUAGUCAGAUUGAGGAGGACAUGAAGAGUGCAGUAGAUAAACAAAGUUCUGAUAACUGUAUGCUAAGAGAGACCUUGUCACAGAAUCAGACUGAAUUAAUAGAACUUCAUAAUCGCGUUCAGGCUUUAAAUGAGGAAAAUGACAAAAUCAAAACAGAAUAUCACAAUUCUGCAGCAGAGGCCUCCAAAACAGUGCAAGAAAUUGUUGUUCUCCAGUCAGAGUUGUCUAACCAAAAAAAUGAAGUAGUUUCAUUGACAAAGAAGUUAAGGGCUCUUGAGGAAGAAAAUGAACAGAUGCAUUUAUCAUUACAGCAGAAAACCGAGUCUGUGAAUCAGCAAGAAAUGUUUAUAAAGCAGCUGAGAGACCAGUUGGAACAGGGGAAAAGUCAGAUGGAUACAAUCACUGAGCUGCAGUCUCAGAUUCAGUUCAUGCAAAAAACCAUGCAGGAUAAGGAGAGGUCCUCACAAGAGAAAGAGACCCAACUUAAACAGCUCAAAGAAAAGGCAGUAACUGCAUCUGAUGCAUUAACGACCCAAAUUAGUGCCAACAUAGAGACUAUCAGCAAUCUACAGGCUGAGAUUAUGAGCUUGUUAGAAAAGAAUAAGGAGCUAAAUAUGAGUAUUGCAGAAAAAGAUGGCCACCUGAAGAAUAAGGUAGAUGACUACUUGAGUUUAAGGGCAAAAUAUUCUGAAUUGGAAGAUAUGGAUUUACAGCUUAGAGAUAAAGUGGAUUCAUUAUCACUAGAGUCCAUUCAGCUCAAGAAAAUGUUAAAAGAAAAGGAAGAGACUCUUAUAGAAAUUCAGAGAACCUCCCUUGCAAACAGUGAUAUUUUGCAUAUAAAUUACAAAACCAAAGAUGCUGAAUGUGAAACCCUAAAACAACAGGUCUCAAUGCUACAAGAAGAUGUAUCUAAACUGAAGGGUAAGCUGUGUGCCCAGUCUUCCGAAAUAGCCGAACUUCAAGAAACACUUGCAGAAAAGGAGGCUACUGCCUUGGAGCAAAUUAAAGCUCUUCAGAAUCUUCAGACUAAAGCAGAUGAGGCAGCACUUUUCAAAACUCAGUUCAUGGAGAGUACAGAAUCGGUUUCAGAAUUGCAGAGACAGGUUCAGGAAAACUCCUUAGAAUAUAGAAGGCUCAACGAAUAUGCACAAGAGAAGCAAAGUGCCUUAUCAGAUCUGCAACACAAAUUAUCUAUAAAUCUAGAGGAACUCUCUCAAAAACAUGAAGAAAUCAACAAUCUCAACAAGCUUCUCAUGGAUUCUAAGGACUCAAAUAAAACUGCUGAAAACACAGUAGAUGUACUCAGUAGUGAAAUGGCCCUGCUUAGGGAGGAACUUCAGCAUAUACAAGCAUCUCAUGCUGAACUUUCAAAGCAGAAGGAAGAAGCUCUCACCACCCACCAGGUACAUGCCUCUAAUUUAAUGGUUGAAAUUGAGGGGUUAAGGUCACAACACUUACAAGUUGCUGCACAGGUAAAUGCCUUGACACAGAAUCUAGAACAGAGAGAACUGGCCUUGUAUGAAAUCAACAAUCAGUACGCUGUCCAAGUCAAACGUGGAGAACACCUUUUGUCAGAAAAUCAGAAAAUAAGGGAGGAGAAUAAAAAAUUAAGGGAAGAGAGCAGUCUAAAUAAAGACCUUCAGCGGCAACUAGAUGCAGCCAUCAGUGAAAAAGAAUAUUUUCAGAAAGCUAUCCCAGAGAAAGAAGAUCUUUGCAAAAGUUACAGCGACCAGUUGCAAAUGCUGAAAGAGGAGUUUGAACUCCAAAAUCAGCAGCAUCUUGGUAGCAUGAGCGAAGCCAUGGAGAAAAUGAUGACCGAGAAGGAGCAUCUGCAGCUGCAGCUGAAAGAAGUUGGAAGCUUGAAGUCUGAAAAUGCUGACCUAGAGAAGGCAUUGCAGGAGGCACAGGCUUACAGGUGGCAGACAGAGAUAGACAUCAACACGUACCAGGUGGAGCUUGCAGAACUGAAGUCUGAGAGAAACAAAUUGAUGUCAGAGCACCACAGCCUCACGCAGCCAGUAGUUGCCAUGGCUGAAAAGGUGAACUCAGCCCCAAUAGCUAAGGACUCAUCUGGUGAGCAGCUCCCUCUGCUUCUAGCAGAGCGACGGCAGCUUGAAAGCGACCUCCAGCGUUGUCUCCAAGAGGUCCAUCAGCGAGAUUUACGCUUUCAGCAGGUCAACGCCAAGCUUCUGCAAACUGUGGAGGAGAAGAUGGGCUUGGCUUCCCAGUUAAAGACAAUGUCUCAAACCCUGAGGGACACACAGCUGAACCUGGGUGAUCUGCAGAAUCGCUGUUACUGGCUUGAGAGUCAGAUGCAGACAUUUGCCGGCCAGGGUCGCGCUCAUGGGGCAGUGGCACCAGAGGUUCCUCCUGGAGCACCCCAAGAACGGAGUAUUACCGUGGUGGCAAUGGACACCCCCCAGGCUAGUGAGCUGAGAAGCAGGCUGGUGGAGGUGGAGCAGCAGCUAGUCUCUACGCAGCAUGAGCUGACCCAGCUUGCAGAGAGCCUGAGAGAGGAGCGGGCCAGGAGGCAGGUGGCUGAAGAUGCUCUGGGACUCGCCGAGGAGAGAGUGAAUAGCAUGAAUGCUAGCAUUUCCAGGGCAAGUCAAGGAGAAUUCACUAUUCAUCUGGAGUCUGACGAUGAACGGGAAGCACUUAUCAUUGACCCCAGUGAGAAUGUUGUCACUCGCAAGAUGAAAGGCGGAGUUCUGUCCUGCAAGCGGUGGCUGCGGGGGCGGAGUCUGUACUGCUCCAAGCUGCUGACGUCACGGGCCAAAUCCCGUUACCUUUUUCUUGCGUAUCUGCUGACGCUGCACAUCAUCGUAUUUAUGUGCUUCACUGGUACCCUGUAGAACAGUUAACUCUGCUGGCCAGCAUUAAAUGACCCAAGGGCUCUUCACAAGGGCCACAGGGGCUUCGCAGCACAGACUUUCACACCCUCAGGGCCCUAUUAAAUGUAUCACAGUUAAUACUGCAGCAAAACAAAUGCUGGAAAUCUACAAAAUGUGUUAAAGAAUGAUGACACAUUUUGAGUUGAAUGUUGACAUUGCUGCUUAAAUUGUUCAACCACCUUGAAGAUAACUCCUCCAGGAUUAAAGCUUUGCAAAAACUAUACAAAACAAAUACAUGUUCAUACUCAGCUCUUAAGGUACUAAAGUACAAUGGCCUCCCAAUCUUGUUUUUAGCUGCUGGUUGAGCUAUGCACUACAGAUCUCUGCUGUUUUAAUUUAUUUAAAAGCAGUCCUAUUAGGAUAAGAGUAUAUUAUAUACUGUAAGGGUUUAUGUAUAUCAGGUUUGGCACGUCAUAUUAAAACCUUUAUUGUACAUUGAGAUUUGUUUCUUUGACAAGUCAUAUGUGCAUCAGUGUACUCUGUCAAAUUGUUUAUUUCUCUUACGUUCCUACUGAUUUGUAUAUAUUGUGUGAAUGAGGAAUCAAAUCUAUGUUAAAAGCUACUGAGUGCAUCCAAGGUAUUUUCUAUAUAAUAUCUAUUUUUUAAGAAGAGCUGGUGGUCAUCAGCAUCUUUUGCCUCACCAGACUGUUCCCUCACCAUUGAGUAUCAUUGAUAGGGUAAACGUGCAAUAUAGUGCAGGGUGUUCUUGCCUACUACAGAUUUUUUGUCGAAAUGAAGCAUUUUAAUAAAGCUGUUGAAAACAA